AUGCGAAAAGUACGAAAAUAUGAAAAAAAGACAAAGGUUUUAAUGUCUUCCCAAAAGAAAGAACUAUAUCUUACCGGCGGCGGUCUAAGCACUAAUAUAGAACCCAGUUCCACAACAAAUCGUUUGGCUGCACUAAUGGAUUAUUUUCCGAAAGAGAAUGAGGAUAAUAAUAAUAACGAGGUGCUGGCAUGUGCUGAAAAAGUUGUAAAUGUGACAACAGAAGAACAAACUAUUAAAAAUUGGUCAUCAUGGAAUCCAUCAGAUUUGCAGUCCAAAAAAUCCCCAAAACUUUGGGUACCAAUAAAACGUAAAAUUGACAACGAUAAGGAAAACAACUGUAAGGUCACAAAAGCACAAUUAAUUUUUUUCGAAAAUGAAGAAAAGCGUGCUGUGGAACGUCAUAUGUGGGAAAAAGGUUUAAAUGAAAAACGGAAACUGUGGGAAGAGGAAUUAAAAGAUAAACAAAUCGAAUUAAUUAACCUUAAAAUAGAAAGAGAAAGGACCAAACAAUAAAAUUAAGUAAUUGGUUUUAUGUAAUUUACUAUUUGUUAUAAUUUAUUAAAAUGAGAGCAAAUAAUAAAUACAAUCUAUUUGUGUAUUUAAAGACAAACAUUUUAUUUUGAUUUCUGCAUAAGGUUUACAUCAUUGCAAAAUAGUUAUUAAUUAGAUGACUUCUAACAUGGGAUUUUGCUAUAUUUGUUGAAAAUUUAUCUGUAUUUGUAGAACUUUGAUCAUCU